AUUUUUUAUAUUCGCGCCAGGAUCCAGGGGGUAAGUUGACUUGUUACUACUUCUCAAGCCCGGUGUUACCAUUCAUUUUACACCCAACACGUCUUUUCUUUUUUUGUUCCGUGGUUUAGUCUCCGAGUUCGAGUUCAAGUCUCUCAGCCGUCGCAAUGGGCCGACAAAAGCAAACCGCGCCGCUACAACGCAAUCCCUCGUCCCAAUGGAUGCAUACCUUGCCCGACGAGUCUGAAGCAGCACAGAAACAUGCGAAUGGAGAUGCGAUCGAGCAUACUGUUGCCAACGGCAAAACCUCCGUUCAAGAGGCUGUUGCGCCGGAACCAAUUGCCGAUAGCCCUGGCUUGAUGCAGCUGCUCAUCUGCGUCCUCGGUAUUUACGCCGCAUUCCUUUCAUGGGGUGUUCUCCAGGAAGCCAUCACCACCACAACUUACCCCCUACGCGCACCAUCCGCCGCCGAACCAGAACCGCCAACGGAGCGCUUCACAUACUCUCUCGUUCUCAACACGAUCCAGUCCACCUUUGCCGCAAUCACCGGCUUCCUAUACCUCUUCUUCUCCACGCCAAAGGGCCACAGCGUCCCCUCCCCCUUCCCCACCCGCCGUAUCAUCUUCCCCCUCCUCCUCGUCAGCAUCUCCUCCUCACUAGCCUCGCCAUUCGGCUACGCUAGUCUCGCGCACAUCGACUACCUCACCUUCAUCCUCGCAAAAUCAUGCAAACUUCUCCCCGUCAUGGCUCUUCACCUGACCAUUUUCCGCAAGCGCUACCCACUGUACAAGUACGGCGUCGUCCUGCUCGUGACGCUCGGAGUAGCCACCUUCACCCUUCACCACCCCGGCACGAGCAAGAAGGUCGCUGCAUCGGCAGCUAAGCAGUCCAGUUCCUCGAUGUGGGGUAUCUUCCUCCUCUCGAUUAACCUGCUUCUGGAUGGCUUGACGAAUACUACGCAAGACCACGUCUUCACCUCGCCCAAGCUGUACACAAAGUUCACCGGCCCGCAGAUGAUGGUCGCGCAGAACGUGCUAUCCACCGCCCUAACCGCCGCGUAUCUCCUACUCAUGCCGCAUCUUUCACAGGGCGGCAUCUUGCACAAUCUGCUCCCCUUGCCGAUCCCCCCAUCCACGGAGACGGAACUGUAUUCGGCUAUGUCGUUCUUGUCGCGGCACCCGGAGGCAUUGAAGCACGUACUGGGCUUCGCGGCUUGUGGUGCGGUGGGCCAGUUAUUUAUUUUCUAUACGCUGUCGCGCUUUUCGUCGCUACUUCUCGUGACGGUUACCGUUACCCGGAAGAUGCUUACGAUGUUGCUUAGCGUGUUUUGGUUUGGACACUCGCUGAAGCCCGGGCAGUGGUUAGGUAUCGUUUUGGUCUUUGGUGGAAUUGGUGCUGAAGCGGUGGUACAGAGACAGGAGAAGAAGUCGAAAGAGAGGGCGAAACUGGAGGCUGCGAAGAAGGGACAGUAGAUGGACUAUUCUGUGGAUUCUGUUCUUGUUUGUGAUAGAUCCCCCCUUUUUCUCCCACAGGGAAAGCUAGAAUCAAAAAUAAAACUACAUAUCAUAUAUCACGAUCAAUGCCUUGAAAGAGGUAUACUGCACCGAGAAGGAAAUAGGAAAGUGAAUCUGCAACGGAGGAAUUGGGUCAUAGCACUUGGUAUCAUUCGUGCCCUAUAUAAGUAGGGGAGAAUCCAUGAAUGAACAUAACAUGGAAAGGCAUCUCUCAGUCCUCAAUCUCACUCUCAAACUUCGAUCUCACUUGCGUCCCUCCACCAUGAUGAUAUGAUACCCAAAGCCAGUCUUCACCUCCUGAUACUUGGGUUUCGCCGUAGUGCUGGGCUCCAAUUCAAAGGCAAUAUUUUCAAAGGCCGGAUCCAGAUCUCCCUUGGUCUUCCAACCGAGAGAAC